GCAGUGAUGGAGCCAAAAUUGGGAACUGCCCCUUCUCUCAGCGACUCUUCAUGGUCCUUUGGCUGAAGGGAGUGACCUUUAACGUCACCACGGUGGACACCAAAAGGAGGACUGAGACGGUGCAGAAGCUCUGCCCAGGAGGCCAGCUGCCGUUCUUGAUGUAUGGGAACGAGGUCCAUACGGACACCAACAAGAUUGAAGAGUUUCUGGAAGAGGUUCUGUGCCCUCCCAAGUACCCCAAACUGGCUGCUCGCAACCCCGAAUCCAACACAGCUGGCCUUGAUGUCUUUGCCAAGUUCUCUGCCUACAUCAAGAACUCAAAUCCAGCACUUAACUACA